AUGGGAAACCUCAAGCAGCGCCUCUCCGCCUUCUUCCCACAGCUGACGACCAAGGAGUACAAGUUCCUUGUCGAAGACCCCAGCGGCUCCACAGGCGGCUGCGGAGCCGCAUCCGGUGCGGUCAGGACCUGCUCAGCAGCGCGGCAUGGUGGCAUCAGUGCGGCUCGCAGCGGCAGCAGCGGCGGCGAAGCGGCUCCUAUUGAUGGCGCUUUCUCUGGAGAAGGAGGUACCAGUGGUGCGGGAGGGUCAUACACAAACGGCACGCGCGCAGGCCUCGAUGUCGAUCAGCUCUGGGACCUCAUCAACUCAUUCCAGCAGCUCCAGCGCAGCCUUGGCGGCGGUCAGGUGGGCCCGACAGAAGGGCACAACACACCAAGCUCAGGCGCAGCACCUACCACUGCGUUCAACACUAGCCUCGACGCGUAUCUCGUCGGCUCGCAGGGAAACGUAGGCGCCCGGGCUGGAGAGGGCGGCUUUGACGCUGUCGCCGAAGCGUUCCGCAUCUACGACCCCCGCAACUCGCACUACGUGGAGGAGGACAUUCUGUCAUGCAUCAUGGCUCGUGUCGGCUUUGGCGAUCUGAGCAAGGAGGAGCUGGCGGUUCUGGUUAGCACGGCGGACUUUGACGGCGACGGCCGCAUCAGUCUCGAGGACUUCCGCCACCUUGUCUGCAUGAAGGGGCGCUUCAAGAAGUGA